AUGACGAUUCCAGAUUCAUCGGGGUAUGACUACAUGAUGGAAAAUGGGUCGAUAGAAUUGCCGUGCAAGCCGGAAGAGGAGAGGAGGAUCGUUCAAGAACUGACCGCCAAAGCGGAGUCUAAUUUGCGUGAGGGGAACUUGUACUUCGUCGUUUCUAGCAGGUGGUUCAGAAGAUGGCAGAGGUACACUGGGCAAACGGAAGGUGCUUAUCCAUUUGAGGAUCAUUCUAUCAUAUCUCAACCUCUAACAUUGGAAGAUAGACCUGGAGUUAUUGACAACAGUGAUAUAAUUGCAAGUGGACGGGAAAAUGAAGAUGAUGACCCACAGCUUCUCAGAACUGUGGAGGAAGGGCGUGAUUAUGUUUUAGUUCCACAAGAAGUUUGGGAGAAGCUUUUGAAAUGGUAUAAAGGAGGUCCAGCAUUGCCACGAAAGAUGAUUUCUGUCGGGGAUCAACCAAAACAAUUUGUUGUGGAGGUCUUCCCCCUUUCUCUCAGGCUAAUUGACUCUAGAGACCAGGGUGAAGUAAUUAUAAGACUUAGUAAAAAGGCUUCCCUGCAUGACCUCUAUGUUAAAGUUUGUCGGCUUAAAGGCUUGCAAACUGAUAAGGCACACAUCUGGGACUACUUCAAUAAGAAGAAACAAACUAUAUUGAUUUCGUCUAGCCAAACUCUACAGGAUUCUAAUUUGGAGAUGGAUCAAAAUAUUCUUCUUGAGGUGCCAGGUGACGAUUCUGGCAUGGAUUCAACCGGGAACGGCUUAGCUAUGGUUCCAGUGGAACCUAUGAGAUCAUCCUUUUCAAUUGCCGGUGGCCCUACUAUGUCGAAUGGUAAUUCAACUGGUCAUAGCUCCAGCUUAUACCAAAGAAGCACUUCUUCGUCCACAUGUGGAGGUAUGGAAAAUGGAUACAAUGAUGUAAACCCUGUGAUGAGGGGAGAUAAGGGUUUGGCAGGGUUGCAAAAUCUGGGGAAUACUUGCUUCAUGAAUAGCGCUGUUCAGUGUUUAGUUCAUACACCAAACCUGGUUGACUACUUCUUGCAAGAUUACACUGAUGAGAUCAACAAACAAAAUCCUUUAGGAAUGCAUGGGGAACUUGCUCUUGCUUUUGGAGAACUACUGAGGAAACUCUGGUCUUCUGGUCGAACACCAGUUGCCCCUCGUGUGUUUAAGGGGAAGCUUUCUCGUUUUGCUCCACAGUUUAGUGGGUAUAACCAACAUGAUUCUCAGGAACUCCUUGCAUUCUUACUGGAUGGGCUUCAUGAAGAUCUAAACCGUGUGAAACAAAAACCAUAUAUCGAAGCAAAAGAUUUUGAUGGUCGACCUGAUGAGGAAGUCGCAGAUGAGUUCUGGAGAUAUCACAAAGCGAGAAAUGAUUCGAUAAUUGUUGAUAUUUGCCAGGGUCAAUACAAAUCAACGCUGGUCUGCCCUAAAUGCAAUAAGAUUUCAAUAACUUUUGAUCCAUUCAUGUAUCUCUCCUUGCCUCUUCCUUCAACUGCUACUCGGUCAAUGACAGUAACAGUGUUUUAUGCUGAUGGAAGGAGCCUUCCAAUGCCAUUCACUGUUACGGUUCUCAAGCAAGGAUGCUGCAAAGACCUUAACGAGGCUUUGGGCAUUGCUUGCUGUUUAGGCAGUGAUGAAUACUUGCUCCUUGCUGAGGUCUAUGAACACCAAAUAUAUCGGUAUUUGGAAAAUCCGUCAGAGGCUUUGGCAACAAUUAAGGAUGAAGAACAUAUUGUUGCCUACAGGCUUCCCAAAAGUGACACAGAUCUAACAAGAUUAGAGAUAUGCCACCGAUACCAGGAGACUGAAAGGAAGAUGUUCCUAACACCAUUAGUUACUUCCUUGGAGGACCCACAGUCUGGAGCUGAUAUUGAUAUAGCCGUUAACCGAAUGCUUUCCCCUCUAAAAAGAAAGUCAUUUCUGGCUUCAACAACAAUCCACAUCAAAGGAGAAAAUGGCUCCACGAAUAGUGCAAUGGAAGAUGAAAUGAAGAUUUCAGGCACUCAGUUGGAAUCUGAACUCCAAUCAAUAGAUGAAAUGGAGCCAAAGGGCAUGUCUACUCGGGAGUUGUCUUUCCGGCUUAGCAUUACUGAUGCUAAGGGUUUUGGCUGCAGGUCUUUAGUGAAGGACUCACCAAUAAAACCAGGUCGUAUAGUCAAAGUAAUACUGGACUGGACUGAAAAGGAACACGAGCUGUAUGAUUCCAGCUACCUAAAGGAUCUUCCUGAAGUGCACAAGCCUGGAAUUUUAGCAAAGAAAACUAAGCAGGAGGCCAUCUCUCUAUUUUCGUGUUUGGAUGCAUUUCUAAAGGAGGAGCCUCUUGGUCCCGAUGAUAUGUGGUAUUGUCCUCGGUGCAAGGAACAUAGGCAAGCAAGUAAAAAGUUGGAUUUAUGGAGGCUGCCGGAUAUACUUGUCUUUCACCUGAAAAGAUUCUCUUAUAGCCGAUGGCUGAAAAACAAGCUGGAUACAUUUGUCAACUUCCCUAUCCAUAAUCUUGAUUUGAGCAAAUAUGUGAAGAGCGGUGGCAUGGAAGAAGGCUCCCAUUUGUACGAACUCUAUGCCAUCAGCAAUCAUUAUGGGGGCCUUGGUGGAGGACACUAUUCGGCAUAUUGCAAGUUAGUAGACGAGAACAGAUGGUAUCACUUUGAUGAUGCACACGUUUCGCCUGUCAACGAAUCUGAAAUAAAGACAUCGGCAGCUUAUGUGCUCUUCUACCGCAGAGUAAAAACUACAGCCACUGGCACUGUGGCUGAGUCAUCAAGCAGUCAUAGGGCCUCUUGA